AUGGCGGCUAGGGCGUACCAGAUUGAGAUGCUCGAGCAGAGCCUCGAGCGAAAUGUGAUUGUGGCUAUGGAUACUGGAAGUGGCAAAACCCAGGUGGCCGUGCUUCGUAUCAAGAGUGAACUGGAAUCCUGCGACCCGAAAAAGAUCGUAUGGUUCAUGGCACCAACUGUCUCGCUGUGUACCCAGCAGAAGGAUGUACUCAAGUUGCAGAUCCCUGCCGUGCCCAUGACGCUGCUUGCUGGUAAUUCCGCCAUCAAUGCUUGGGGCCCGGAGAUUUGGCAUACCCUUCUGGGCACAACUCGAGUCGUCGUUUCGACGCCUCAGGUUCUGCUGGAUGCUCUCGACCAUGCGUACAUUACCAUGAAUCACCUAGCGCUGCUUGUAUUUGACGAAGGCAAGAAUAAAACUGCUGACACUGUCUGCUUGAUCUAUAUAGCUCACAACUGCAUUGGCAAAAACCCUGGCGGCAGGGUCAUGCUUAACCAUUACCAUCCAUGCAAGCAAGUUGGUGGAAGCGUCCCAUCCAUCUUGGGCUUGACAGCAACCCCAAGUAUUCAGUCUCAACCAGAGGACCUUGAGGCUUUGGAGUUGUUGUUGGAUGCAACAUGCAUCUCGCCCACUCUCCACCGUGACGAGCUGCUUAAAUGCGUCAAAAGACCUACCAUCCGUCACGUCAUCUACAAUCCUGGCCGAGAAGAUGUCAUGACUCCCACCAUGCGCUCCCUGAACCAGGUCUAUCUUGAACUGGAUAUUAAAGAGGACCCCUACAUACAUUACCUGCUACGUGAUCCCACUGAGAGGAACAAGCGUGCGCUGGCAGAGGCAAUUGAAAAAUACGACACCUACACGCAGAAUCAGAUGAAGUCAUUCCGUACUCGAUCUAAACAGAUAUGCAAACAACUUGGCCCCUGGGCUGCUGAUCUCUACAUCGAAAAGGCCAUAUCGGCUCACCUGAAUAGAGUGGAAGGAGAUCAUGAACUUCCCAACCAAUGGUGGAUUGAUGAAGAAAAGAAGUAUUUGGGCCAGGUCUAUCGCCGAGUCAACGUUCAGCCUCUUCCCAAGACACCGCAGACCUUUGAUGACAUCUCUGACAAGGUAGACAAGCUCUUAAUCGAGCUUUUGUCUGCAGAGGAACCCACUGUGGGAAUCAUUUUCGUCGAGGAGCGGGCCACAGUGACGAUGCUGGCCGAACUCUUGCGCGUAAACCAGGCCAUCAUGGCCAAAUACAAAAUCGGGACCAUGUUUGGGACCGCGGCCUAUGCUACACGGCGAAAGGCCAUGUAUGAAUUCGGCGACAAGACUGAUUACAAGGAUCUGUUGAACUUUCGCCAUGGCAAAAUCAACCUGCUCAUUGCAACGUCGGUUUUGGAAGAGGGUAUUGAUGUGCCUGCUUGCAAUCUCGUCAUCUGUUUUGAUACCCCCACGACGUCAAAGUCGUUUAUACAAAGGCGUGGUCGGGCUCGGAAGAGGGACUCGAAACUGGUUAUUUUCUUUGAGCUGGAAAGCCCGGCUCUCGAAAAAUGGAUUACGAAAGAAGAGGAAAUGAAGAAGUUGUUUGACGACGAGCAGAGAGAGGUUCGUAGGCUCAGCCAGCUGGAGGAUUCAGAGAGCCCGAGCGACGACGUUUUCAUCGUCCCGUCCACUGGGGCGAGGCUCGAGUUCGACAAUGCUAAAUCGCAUCUGGAGCAUUUCUGCAGAGUCUUGAGCCCCGGAGAGUUUGUUGACAGCCGACCAGACUACAUUAUCCAUAAAGAGCCUGAUUCUGGUUCAUUGACUUGCGUCGUGUUGCUUCCACCGUUUCUACCAGUCAGCCUGAGGAAGCAUAGCAGUGCAUCUGCAUGGCAAUCCGAGAAGAAUGCCACAAAGGAUGCGGCUUACCAGGCCUAUCGCGCUCUAUACGAUGCCGAGCUGGUCAAUGACAAUUUGCAGCCCUUCAGGUCUAGCGAUAUGGGUGCCAUGGAUACUCGGGCAUCUGAAGUGCUAGUUGACCUGGCGAUGAAGCCAUGGCACCACGUUGCUGAAGCGUGGCGGGAAACUGGCAACAAGUGGCUCUACUCUUUGACUUGUAUCGGGGAGAACGGCCAGGUGGAAGGCGAGUAUGAGAUGUUGUUACCCGUCCGGCUUGACCAGCCUCGGCCUCUGCAAAUGCAUCUCGAUCGUAACCACACGGUGGAACUGCGAAUGACUGCUGGAACCGCCGUCCCGCAUGAAAAGGUUGCAGAUCUACCAGACCAGACGUCGACUCUCCUGGCGCUUCACUUCGGCCAUCGAUGGCCAGUUGAACAAGCCGAGCACGUAAUACGGGUUUGGGCAAAGGAUGAAUCUUUGUCGAUGGACCAAAUGGGUCAGCGGGCAUACGACCCCGACGAUGAGAUUGUGAAAGGAGGGCAGUACCUUAUCCGCGACAAUACGAAAGCUCCCUACCUUUACAAGGAUACCAUCGGAUUCAAGCCUGCUACAAGCCAGGUGCAAAAUGUAUUUUAUGAGUAUGAAAAGGCACCUGAAAACGUCCCCUAUCUUGUGCUCACCAAGUGGACGCGGAGAACCGAUUUCUUGCAUCGCCCCCAGGGGGAUCCCUCCAAGGACCAGGCCACCAGCAAACCAUACGCACGAGUGUAUCCAUUGCCAUGGGCGACGGUCGAUGCCAUUCCGGUGAGGCAUGCGCAGUUUGGCAUGCUGAUUCCCAGCAUUAUCCACGAGCUCGGUGUUAUGAUCAUGGCCAAGGAGCUGGCUAACAACAUCCUCCGGAAAGUUGGUAUUAAGAAUAUGGAUCUGGUCAGGCAGGCGAUAUGCGCGCGCAGUGCCUCUGAGCCGGUGAAUUAUGAGAGAGUGGAAUUGUUGGGUGAUUCCAUCCUCAAGUUUUUCACUUGUAUUCGCGUCGCUGCCGAAUAUCCUGAUUACCCCGAGGGCUAUCUCUCGCACAAGCGGGACAGACUUAUAUCCAACGCUAGACUGCACAAAACGGCCCUUGAAUUUAAGCUGCCUAGAUUCCUCAAUACAAAGCCCUUUACGGGCCAAAAGUGGCGCCCAUUAUACUUGGACGCGGUUCUGGACGAGGUUCGCCAAGAGGGUCUGGAGCCUACUUCACAGAAGAGAAAAAUAUCGACAAAAACACUUGCAGACAUGGUGGAGGCACUCAUUGGAGUCUCAUACGUGGACGGGCACCUCGACAAGGCUGUCAAAUGCAUCUCCCUGUUUCUCCCUGAAACCAAUUGGACGAGUGUGGAGAAUGAUAGACGAAAUAUUUUCGACAAGGUGCCAGCGGACGAACCGCUUCCGCCGACAUUGGAGCCACUGGAAGGGUUGAUUGGAUACUCAUUCCAGAAAAAGGCCCUUUUGAUCGAGGCCUUGACGCAUGCUUCAUAUGCGGCGGAGACGGGCAAGCGAUCCCUCGAAAGACUCGAGUUUAUUGGAGAUGCCGUCUUGGACAACAUCAUCGUUACAAAGCUGUUCAAUGUGAAGCCGGAGCUACCCCAUUUCAGGAUGCAUACGCUCAAGACGGGGCUCGUAAAUGGCGAUUUCAUUGCCUUUAUGACUAUGGAGCGCGGCUUGAAGUUGACUGAAAAAAUUGUGACAGAAGAUGGCACUUUGAAAAGCGAAGAGAUGAUGUCUUACUUGUGGACGUUUAUGCGACACAAUUCAAUGCAUAUUGGAAUUGAGAUGAAGGAGACGAUGAAGCGACAUGCGGCCUUGAGAGGGGAGAUUCUUGAUGAAAUGGAGAAUGGCACGCAUUACCCCUGGGCACUCCUGGCUGCACUGAAUCCAAAGAAGUUUUUCUCUGAUGUGUUUGAGGCAAUACUUGGUGCUGUGUGGGUUGACUCUGGAUCGAUGGUGGAGUGUGAGAAGGUUGCUACUCGGUUUGGUUUUUUGAAGUACAUGGAUCGACUGCUCCGGGAUAAAGUCCAUGUGCAGCAUCCUAAAGAGGAGCUGGGCAAAUGGGCAAACACGGAGACGGUCACGUAUGAGCUUGAUAUGAUGGACAACGAGCUGACUGGGGAGAAGGAGUUUUUCUGCAAGGUUCUUGUCGGGAAGAGAGAGGUGGUGUCGGUUCGGGGAGGGAUCAACAAGGAGGAGGUGAAGACGAAGGCUGCGACGGAGGCGAUGAAGAUUUUGGAGCUGGAGAAGAGGAAUGGGGAGGGGGAUGUUGUGAUGGGUGAGUGA